UAAAUAGAACACGUAGCGUAGUUUUCUACUAGAAUGUAGACACCUCAUAGAACCCGUCUUCUACUGUUUAAUUUGUUCUUCUGUUAACAAUACAGACAAACAUGAAUUAAGAGCCCGGACCGAUAUGACCUCUUGCCGUUCUAAUUAACAAGUUCUGCGUUCUGACACCUGUGACCUAAAAGAGAAAGGAAAAAUGGAUAAGAAUGAUCACUUGCGGAAAACACAGAGUACGAUAGAGAAGAGCAUCAUCAUCUACUCAUAAAACUGAAAGGUUGACAAUGUUUGUAGUCCUGAAUGAGAAAUAAUGUUUCACAUUAGGUCGACCUUCAGGGAAAAUUUUGCAUGAGGACCACACAGUACUACCAUACCACACACAAAACCAGCUCUCUUCUCGCACCAUUCUUGUGGCCUCAUUAAUCUUUCGUUCUCACGGCGCAGCGCCACCGAGCAACACAGCGACCGAGCUGCCGUACUGAUCCAAAGGAUUUGGUAACAUCUUCAAGAUUCCAUUGUCAGAAGCUUAUUAGAGGAGUUCCUAUGAGCUAGACAGAGGAAGGAAAAUGGAUAAGGAUCUGUUGGGGAAAAACACACAGGUGGGGAACCAAGAGGAUCAUCUACGUAUAACAUGGCAAGUGUUUGCUCAAGAAGUGAAAGAGGUUUGUUGUGUAGCAGGGCCCAUGGUGGUUGUGAAUUCUUCUACCUUCUUUUUGCAAACUAUUGCUCUAAUGAUGGUGGGUCACUUGGGUAAACUUGCUCAAUCUAGUACUGGUGUUGCCAUCUCUCUCUGUGCUGUCACUGGUUUCAGUGUCAUGUUUGGAAUGGCUUCUGCACUUGAAACGCUGUGUGGCCAAGCUUAUGGAGCUAAGCAAUAUAAGAAGCUUGGUGUUCAAAUUCAAACUGGCAUAUUUUGUCUUUAUUUAUGCUGUCUUCCUGUAUGUUUGUUAUGGCUCAACUUGGAAAAAUUAUUGAAUUUUCUUGGUCAAGACCCUUUGAUUGCACAUGAAGCAGGAAAAUUUACAGUUUGUUUGAUUCCAGCACUUUUCGGUUAUGCAUCACUUCAAGCCUUGGUUCGAUACUAUCUUAUGCAAAGUUUAGUCACUCCUCUUGUACUCUCUUCUUCAUUUACCAUAUGCUUCCACAUAGCUUUAUGUUGGGCAUUAGUUUUUAAAUCUGGUAUGGGUCGUUUUGGAGGAGCACUUGCCAUUGGUACUUCAUAUUGGUUGAAUGUGAUCUUACUUGGGUCAUAUAUGAAAUUCUCUAACUCUUGUGAAAAGACUCGAGUUCUGAUUUCCAAGGAGCUUUUCCAAGGCAUUAAAGAGUUCUUUCGCUUUGCUAUUCCUUCCGCUAUAAUGGCUUGUCUCCAAUGGUGGUCUUACGAGCUUACGACAGUGCUUGCUGGUCUUUUUCGACCAAACCCAGAGCUUGAAACUUCAAUCUUAGCCGUAUGUGUAUCAAUGAACAUUACAAUCUAUUCAAUACCAGAAUCCAUUGGUUCAGCAGCAAGCACAAGAGUUUCAAAUGCCUUAGGAGCUGGAAAACCACAAGAGGCACGUGUGUCAGCCUUAUGUUCUAGGCUUCUAGCAACUUGUGAGGCUCUUAUAGUAAGCUCGAUUGUCUUUGCUAGCCAGAAUGUUUUAGGUCGUGUUUUUAGCAACGAGCCAGAUGUAAUAGCCUAUGUCACAGAUAUAGCUCCUCUGUUAGUUAUGUCUGUUUUUUUAGACUCCUUGCAAGGUACCAUUACAGGGAUUGCUAGGGGAAGUGGGUGGCAGCAUAUUGGGGCAUAUGUGAACUUUGGAGCUUAUUAUGUUGUUGGAAUUCCACUUGCUGCAAUUUUGGGUUUCUGGGCAUGCAUGAGAGGAAAAGGACUUUGGCUUGGAAUAACUACUGGUACAUUUUGUCAAGUGGUCGUGCUAUUGCUCAUAAUAAGUUGUACUGAUUGGGUAAAGGAGGCAAAACAGGCUAGGGAGAGGACAUUGCAGAGAACUUUGGCAGAAGAAGAAGAAAAUAUUUUGAUUUGAGCAACUAAAAUGUACUAAUUAAUUGUUGCGCCAAUUACCAUCUUUUAGAUGAGGAAUUAAGUAUGUGUAUUUUACUGUUUUAUUAACCCAAUUUAGCCCUUUUAAAAUUGGCCCAUUUGCAUUAUUGUAAUGUUGUUUGAUAAAUUAAAUAAUGGGUUUUGUGUUUUGCA